ACCAUGACCCUGUACCUGAGGCAUUACUGGAGAGACGAGAGGCUGGCCUUCCCCAGCAGCAGCAACAAGAGCAUGACCUUCGAUGGCAGGCUGGUGAAGAAGAUCUGGGUUCCUGAUGUCUUCUUUGUGCACUCCAAAAGGUCGUUCACACACGACACCACCACCGAUAACAUCAUGCUGCGAGUGUUCCCAGACGGCCAUGUGCUAUACAGCAUGAGGAUUACCGUCACUGCCAUGUGCAACAUGGACUUCAGCCACUUCCCCCUGGACUCUCAGACCUGCUCUCUGGAGCUAGAGAGCUAUGCCUACACAGAUGAAGACCUGAUGCUGUACUGGAAGAAUGGGGACGAGUCCCUGAAAACGGACGACAAGAUUUCCUUGUCCCAGUUUCUGAUCCAGAAGUUUCACACGACUUCCAGACUGGCCUUCUACAGCAGCACGGGCUGGUACAACCGUCUGUACAUCAACUUCACGCUGCGUCGCCACAUCUUCUUCUUCUUGCUCCAAACCUACUUCCCUGCCACCCUCAUGGUCAUGCUGUCCUGGGUGUCCUUCUGGAUCGACCACAGAGCUGUGCCUGCCAGAGUCUCACUGGGCAUCAUGACGGUGCUGACCAUGUCCACCAUCAUCACGGGCGUGAACGCCUCCAUGCCCCGAGUGUCCUACAUCCGGGCUGUGGACAUCUACCUCUGGGUGAGCUUCGUGUUCGUGUUCCUCUCAGUGUUGGAGUACGCAGCAGUCAACUACCUGACCACACUGCAGGAGCAGAAGGAACAGAAGUUUCGAGAGAAGUUUCCAUGCAUGUGUGGAAUGCUUCAUUCACGGACCAUGACGCUGGAUGGAAGCUACAGUGAAUCUGAGGCCAACAGCCUGGCUGGCUACCCAAGAAGCCAUAUUCUGCCAGAAGAAGAAAGGCAAGACAAAAUCGUGGUUCAUUUGGCACUCAACAGUGAAUUGAUGUCCUCCAGGAAGAAAGGCCUUCUCAAAGGCCAAAUGGGGCUCUACAUCUUCCAGAACACCCAUGCCAUUGACAAAUACUCCAGGUUGAUAUUUCCUGCCUUCUACAUAGUUUUCAACCUAAUUUAUUGGUCGGUGUUUUCCUAGGGAUUCUAAAGCUGUAUCUAGGAAAGGGCGUGGACAUCCACUGGUGGAUACACGGACCUAAUGACCACAGGUCCUACACCAGGCCAAGCAGCUGCUCCUGGCCUGGAGGAGCCCAGGGACCUGCAGCCGCCCUCACCCCAUCUUCACGCCUCCUUUCCUAGUUCAUGCUAUUCCAUGUCACACUUUGACUUCUCGGAACAGAGAGCUGUCUUCUUCUGCUGUUUGUGAACUUGUUCACAAGAAUCCCCCCUCCCCCACCACUUAAUAAAAGACCCGACUGCC